AUGUUGUAUUCUAAGGAAGAUGAGGCCUCUCCGCCAAGUGCCCUGCCUCCAGGUUUGGGUAGUCGGGCCCUGGAGAGAAAAGAUUCAGAAUGGUCUCUUGGGGAGUCACCGGCUGGCGGAGAGGAACAGGACAAACAGAAUGCCAACUCUCAGCUGUCCACCCUGUUUGUUGAAAAACCUCAAACAGGAUCAGUGAAAGUUGGUGCAAACAUCACCUUUGUAGCCAAAGUCAAGGCUGAAGACCUUCUUAGAAAACCCACGAUCAAAUGGUUCAAAGGGAAAUGGAUGGAUCUGGCCAGCAAAGCUGGGAAGCACCUCCAGCUAAAGGAGACCUUCGAGAGGCAAACUCGGAUCUACACAUUUGAGAUGCAGAUCAUCAAGGCCAAAGAGAACUAUGCAGGAAAUUACAGGUGUGAGGUCACCUACAAGGAUAAAUUUGACAGCUGUUCAUUUGAUCUUGAAGUGCAUGAAUCCACUGGGACUACUCCAAACAUUGACAUCAGAUCUGCCUUCAAGAGAAGGGAGGUGAAGCAGCAGGAGGAGGAGCCCGAGAUAGACGUGUGGGAGCUGCUGAAGAACGCCAACCCCAACGAGUAUGAGAAGAUCGCCUUCCAGUAUGGCAUCACCGACCUGCGUGGCAUGCUUAAGCGGCUCAAGCGCAUGCGCAGGGUGGAGAAGAAGAGUGCAGCUUUUGCCAAAAUUCUUGACCCUGCGUAUCAGGUUGAUAAAGGAGGCAAAGUGAGAUUUGUCGUGGAGUUGGCGGAUCCAAAGCUGGAGGUGAAGUGGUUUAAAAACGGUCAAGAAAUCCGACCCAGCACAAAAUACAUCUUUGAACACAAAGGAAACGAGAGAAUCAUGUUUAUUAAUAACUGUGCGCUGACAGAUGACUCGGAGUACUAUGUGACAGCUGGAGAUGAGAAGUGUUCCACUGAGCUCUUCGUGAGAGAGCCCCCAAUUAUGGUGACUAAGCAGCUGGAAGACACGAACGCUUACUGCGGGGAGAGAGUGGAGCUGGAAGUUGAGGUGUCUGAAGAUGACGCCAAUGUAAAAUGGUUUAAGAAUGGUGAAGAGAUCUUCCCUGGUCCAAAGUCAAGAUACAAAAUUAAAGUUGAGGGCAAAAAGCACACUUUGAUCAUAGAAGGGGCGACAAAGGCCGAUACUGCAGAAUAUUCAGCCAUGACGACCGGGGGACAAUCAUCUGCUAAACUAAGUGUUGACUUGAGACCUCUUAAGAUCACAACGCCACUGACUGAUCAGACUGUAAAACUUGGGAAAGAAGUAUGCUUGAAGUGUGAAAUCUCUGAAAAUGUGCCGGGAAAAUGGACAAAGAAUGGCCUCCCUGUCCAGGAGAGCGACCGUUUGAAAGUUGUUCACAAAGGAAAGAUCCACAAGUUAGUCAUAGCCAAUGCUCUUGUUGAAGAUGAAGGUGAAUAUGUGUUUACACCAGACGCCUACAAUGUUCCUAUGUCUGCCAAAGUUCACGUCAUUGAUCCUCCCAAGAUCAUCCUGGAUGGCCUUGAUGCUGACAAUACCGUGACAGUGAUUGCCGGAAGCAAGCUCCGUCUUGAGAUCCCAGUCACAGGGGAACCACCUCCCAAAGCCAUCUGGAGCCGAGCAGACAAGGCUAUUAUGGAGGGCAGUGGUCGGAUCAGGGCGGAGUCUUACCCUGACAGCAGCACGCUGGUCAUUGACGUGGCGGAGAGAGACGACUCUGGUGUGUACAACAUCAACCUGAAAAAUGAAGCUGGAGAAGCACAUGCGAGCAUCAAGAUUAAAGUUGUGGACAUCCCAGACCCUCCAGUGGCACCAAACGUGACAGAAGUGGGAGAUGACUGGUGCAUCAUGAACUGGGAGCCUCCCGCCUAUGACGGAGGGUCACCGAUCCUGGGGUACUUUAUUGAGAGGAAAAAGAAACAAAGCUCUAGAUGGAUGCGACUGAAUUUUGAUCUCUGCAAAGAAACAACUUUUGAGCCCAAGAAGAUGAUUGAAGGCGUGGCCUAUGAGGUCCGCAUCUUUGCGGUCAAUGCCAUCGGCAUCUCCAAGCCCAGUAUGCCAUCCAAGCCCUUUGUUCCUUUGGCUGUGACCAGCCCCCCUACUCUUCUGGCUGUUGACUCUGUUACUGACUCGUCUGUGACAAUGAAGUGGAGGCCCCCAGACCAGAUUGGUGCCGCAGGUUUAGAUGGCUAUGUGCUAGAGUAUUGCUUUGAAGGAACUGAGGACUGGAUAGUUGCAAACACGGACCUGAUUGACAAGACGAAGUUCACCAUCAAUGGUCUCCCCACGGAUGCAAAGAUCUUCGUACGUGUGAAGGCUAUUAACGCAGCUGGGGCUAGCGAGCCCAAGUAUUAUUCUCAGCCCAUUCUUGUGAAGGAAGUUAUAGAGCCGCCGAAGAUUCGCAUCCCGAGGCACCUGAAGCAGACUUACAUCCGCCGGGUUGGAGAAGCUGUCAAUCUGGUUAUCCCUUUCCAGGGCAAACCAAGACCAGAACUGACCUGGAAGAAGGAUGGGGAAGAAAUUGAUAAGAAUCAAAUAAACAUUCGCAACUCGGAGACUGAUACCAUCAUCUUCAUUAGGAAAGCGGAGAGGAGCCACUCUGGCAAGUACGACCUGCAGGUCAAAGUGGACAAGUACGUGGAAAACGCCUCCAUCGACAUCCAGAUCGUAGACCGCCCGGGUCCACCCCAAUCUGUGACUAUUGAAGAUGUGUGGGGAGAGAACGUUGCUCUAACAUGGACACCACCCAAGGACGAUGGCAAUGCGGCCAUCACAGGGUACACUAUCCAGAAGGCCGACAAGAAGAGCAUGGAAUGGUUCACUGUCAUUGAGCAUUACCACCGAACCAAUGCCACCAUUACCGAGCUGGUCAUAGGGAACGAAUAUUACUUCCGGGUCUUCGCUGAAAACAUGUGUGGCCUCAGUGAGGACGCGACAAUGACUAAGGAGAGUGCUGUGAUUGCCAAGGAUGGUAAAAUCUACAAAAACCCAGUAUAUGAAGACUUUGAUUUCACGGAGGCUCCCAUGUUUACUCAGCCUUUGGUGAACACCUAUGCCAUUGCUGGUUAUAAUGCCACCCUGAACUGCAGCGUCCGAGGAAAUCCUAAGCCCAAAAUCACCUGGAUGAAAAACAAAGUGGCUAUCGUGGAUGACCCAAGAUACAGGAUGUUCAGCAACCAAGGAGUCUGUACCCUGGAGAUCCGCAAGCCUAGUCCCUAUGAUGGAGGCACUUACUGCUGCAAAGCGGUCAAUGACCUCGGGACGGUGGAGAUCGAAUGCAAACUGGAGGUGAAAGGUGGGCUGUCCUUCUGCAGGCUCCUCCUGCAGGGCGUACCUCCAAACAUAAUCGAUUCAUAUUUGCGAGACUUGCAAUCAAGCAAUCCUGAGGAAUACUGAGGGCUGGGCACUGCCUCUAUAAACACCAGUGCUUUGAAAUUUGGUUGAAAAGAGAAGGCGUUUUCUGGUUUUUCCCCAGGCCCCCAAGUGUGGUCAUGUUCUCUCCUCCUAACCUUGAAGAAAGAAAGAAAAAUAUUGUUUGCACAGAUUGCUUAAUUAAAAAUA